GGCCAGUGUAUGUGCCCUUGAACCCCUACCAUAGCCUAUGUCAACCCAGAAGACACAGAGUCCCCUCCUCCUCCCUCUCCCCAUUCCAAGCUUUAAAAUGUGGAGGGGCUGCUCCCCAAUUCCCCUUGCCCUGGUUCAGCACAGAUUCCUUUCCUGGCCCAACACCCAGAAGCCACUUCCUUGGGCAGUGUUUGUACUUCAAAUCUUGAAGUAUAACAGCAGGAAACAUCUGGGUUAACUGUCCAUCUUACCUGUAGGAAAGAUGAGGUUUCUCAAGGCUGUAAGACUUACCCAAAGCCUCACAGCUCCGCCUAAGUAACUCAGCACCUGUUCCCAAUCAGUUCCAAGCCUUGAAUUCUGCCUCUGAAUUACUACUUCUAGAUUCCAUGCCCCACAUCCAGGCCCCUACCCACCUGGUCCCCACAUCAGCCCACGACUCCUUCCUACUAAAAUCUUCCCAAGGCCCCCCAGCGCCCAUAGGAUCAUGACCAAUCAGCUUAGCCUAUAAGACCCUUUGACCUCACUUACCUGUCCAGCCACCUCUCUCUUCUAAGAGAAGCUGUGAUCUGAGAACCACAUCCUGCAUCCUGCAUAAGCUAAACAACUGUCACCUAGGUCUUUGCCUCAGGUUACGCCUUCUGCGGAAUGCCUUCUCCCCUGACUGUACUUGAUGGAAACCCAUUUUUCAUGCAAGGCUUUUUUCAGAGUCUUUUCUCCACUGAGCUAUCAUUUUGCUGGGUCACCUCCCCACCUGGACUUUGGAGCUCCUUGAAAACUGCGCUAUGUCCCAUGCACACUGUUGCUUCCAGCGCCCAGAGCAGGGCCAGGCACAGAACUGGUGCUCGAUAGAUGGUGCCCUGGAUAAAAGAGACUCCCAUCUAAAGAGUCCUUCACACCAUAGUGGCUCACUCCCUGCUGAUGGGAUGGGACUCCAUCCCUCCCGUCCAGGCAGCACAACUAUGUAGGAAGCUGGAGAUGUUGGAGGAUAACACCAAGUUUGGCUGCUUUCCUCCCAUUGCCCAGGAUUGCCUUUCAAGGUUUUCCAUCUUGGAGGUUGGUGGAAAAGGGAGAGGGAAGAAGAGAGCCAGAGAAGAGCAGUAGCCAACUAAGAUCUUUUUUGUAGAGGAAGAAGGCCCUAGCAUCUGAAGGCCCAGGGGCAGUGACAAGGAGCGGGGGAAGAGGUUGCUGCCUGGCUGCCCUCCCCGCCCCUACACACCCUGUGGAGAGCAGGUCUCACAACUGCCUCCUUUCCUGUCCCUAAUUAGCAGCUGCCCCCCACACAUUGUCCCAUGCAAGCACCCCAGCCAAAGCCUCUUUUGUGCUCCCAGAUUCCUAGGUGCAAGGUGGCCUCAUUAGUGCCCGGAGACCGCCCCAUCUCCAGGGAGCAGGCAGACAGACAAGGAGGGGACCAGCGGCACAGUGAUCCAACUCCAGCCUCUGAGCGCCUUGGCGGCCAUUCCUUGGGCCCAGCCUGGAGACGGCCCCCCCGCUGGAGUCUAAUCUUAGAUUUGCCUUUGUCUGGCCCCAGAGUAGAUGCAAGUGCCCAUCUCUCCCCCACCACCUCAGAGCACUAUAAACCCCAGGCCUCUGGUAGCAGGUUGCAGUUCACGGCCUCAAAGUUCCUGGCUAUUUGGACCACCGCCGACGACACCUUUCCUGGCUACCCUACUCUGAGCUCCAGGUACCAUGAACCCUUCCUCUGCAAAGGUCUCCUGGGCCACCGUGACGCUGCUGCUCCUGCUGCUGUUGCUGCCGCCUGCGCUGUUGUCGCCAGGGGCGGCCGCGCAGCCCCUGCCUGACUGCUGCCGUCAGAAGACCUGCUCCUGCCGCCUCUACGAGCUGCUGCACGGCGCGGGCAAUCACGCGGCCGGCAUCCUCACGCUGGGCAAGAGGCGGCCGGGGGCCCCGGGACUCCAGGGCCGGCUGCAGCGCCUCCUGCAGGCCAGUGGCAACCACGCGGCCGGCAUCCUAACCAUGGGCCGCCGCGCAGGCGCAGAGCCAGCGCCGCACCCAUGCCCAGGGCGCCGUUGUCCCGCUGCGGCCGCCUCGUCUGUCGCGCCUGGGGGACCGUCUGGGGUCUGAGCCCUUGUUCAGGUCCUGUCCUGGCCCUACUCUGUCCCUGCCCUCUCCCCUCUGCCCCAGCUCUCUCCCCUCUGCCCUCCCGGUGUCAGCCCCCAGAAAAAGGGCAAUAAAGACGAGUCUCUGUUA